AAUUAGAAAAAGAAGAAACCAACCAUCGACUCCAUCCCCCUUCGGAAAUAUCAAAACCUAACCUAGAUUAAGAACCAGACCAAUUAUCGGUUCACCCAAAAGCUCCCGUCAGCUGCUGGUUUAUACGGCGACCAGACCUGCAAAAAGCUUCGAUUUAUCCUCUCGCAAGACUAAUCCACGAGCAGAUCACCGGUGAUUGUGAAACCAGAAACCAAUUGGGUCGAUUACAAACGAGUCGCUGCUGUUUAACCGGUCUUAAGUUGGAUGGCGUCAACAAGUUCAGGCCAUAAACAAGAUGUGGGUUGGAAACAUUGUGAAACGCUGAACGAAGGGGGAAAGGUGCACUUAAAAUGCAUGUAUUGUGGUAAAGUCUUCAAGGGUGGUGGGGUUUUCAGGUUUAAGGAGCAUCUUGCAGGUCGUAAGGGUGGAGGACCAAUGUGUCUGAGGGUUCCUCCUGAAGUUCGCAUUUUGAUGCAACAAGUGCUUGAUGCCCAUUCUGCAAAACAGAUCCAAAGACAGAAUAAGGCUUUGGUCACUCAAGAAGCAAUACCUUUGGCAGUUGACUUUGAUACUCCAUUAACCGUACGUACUACCCGCCAAAAAAAGGACUUGGCUUGGAAAUAUUGCCAAAUGUUGAAACAGGGUGACAAGGUGCAACUUAAGUGUAAAUAUUGCGGUAAAGUGUUUAAAGGUGGUGGCAUUCAUAGAUUAAAGGAGCAUCUUGCUGGUCGAAAAGGCGCUGCGCCUGUUUGUGUCCAAGUUCCACCGGAUGUUCGCCUUUUGAUGCAAGAGAGUUUAAAGGAGGUUGUAGAGAGGCAAAAGAAGAAACAGAAAGUUAUCAUGGAAAAUGUGAACAAUGUUGGGACACCUCCAGCUCCUAACGGUGAUGGAGAUACAUUUGGUGAUGGUGAUGGUGAUGGUGAUGGGGAUGGGGAUGAUGAUGAUGAUGAUGAUGAUGAUGAUGAUGAUGUUGAUGAUGAUUACGAAUAUACUGAAGCUCCAGGUUCUGUUGAACUGAAUUCCAAUGUCUCAUUAGAUGAAGAAGUUAGGAUAAAUCGUGGAAAUUUGGACAAAAGGAAGAGGGGAAGAGGUAAAACUUCUGCACUUGUUGCUCAGGUUGAUCCUUUGAAUGCAGUGAAUUUGAAAAUUGUUGAGAAGCCUAUUCACAUGACAAUGGGUCGAUUCCUUUAUGAUAUAGGAGCAAAUUUAGAUGCACUGGACUCAAUCUAUUUCCAACGGUUGAUUGAUAUGAUUUCUUCUGGAGUGUCAGGGGUAGUGGCACCUUCACAUCAUGAUCUCCGUGGUUGGAUAUUGAAAAAUUUAGUGGAAGAAAUAAAAAAUGACAUUGAUCAAUAUAAGAAAGUAUGGGCUAGGACAGGUUGUACCAUCUUGGUUGAAGAAUUGAAUUCAGAAAGUGGUAAAACCAUACUAAAUUUUCUGGUGGAUUGUUGUCAAGGAACUGUAUUCUUGAAAUCUGUGGAUGCAUCACAAGCCAUAUACUCUACAAAUGAUCUGCAUGCAUUGCUUAAACAGAUAGUGGAAGAAGUUGGUGCCAAUUAUGUUUUGCAGGUGAUUACUAAUGGUGAUGAACAUUAUAAUGUUGCUGGCAAGAAACUUAUGGAUACUUUUCCUUCUCUAUAUUGGGCUCCUUGUGCAGCUCGUUGUAUUGAUCUAAUACUAGAGGAUUUUCGAAAACUCGAUUGGAUAAAGGGAGUAAUUGAACAGGCUAGAUCUGUCACAAGAUUUGUCUACAAUCAUGGUGCAGUUUUGAAUAUGAUGAGAAAGUUUACAGGUGGAAAAGACAUCGUUCAACAGGGAUUAACUCGUUCUGCUACUAACUUCACCAUGUUGCAAAGGAUGGCUGAUUUUAAACUCAACUUGCAAAAUAUGGUUACUUCACAGGAAUGGAUGGAUUGCCCACAUGCGAAGCAACCGGGAGGAUUAGCAAUGUUAGAUAUUAUUAGUAAUAGGUCAUUUUGGUCUUCAUGCAUUUCGAUCAUCCGUUUAACGAGUCCGCUCUUGCGGGUUUUAGGAAUAGUUAGUAGUAAAAAGAAAGCUGCAAUGGGAUAUGUUUUUGCAGGCAUGUAUCUAGCGAAAGAAACAAUUAAGAGAGAACUAGUUAAGAGAGAGGAUUACAUGACCUAUUGGAAUAUCAUAGAUAAGAGGUGGGAUCAACAAAAGCAUCCUCCUCUUCAUGCUGCAGGUUUCUUCCUUAACCCGAAGUUCUUUUAUAGCAUUGAAGGAGAAGUGCAUAAUGAGAUUUUGUCAAGAGUGUUUGAUUGCAUAGAGAGAUUGGUACCCGAUGUGGAUGUCCAAGAUAAGACUGGGAAAGAAUUAAACUCAUACAAGAAUGCUGUGGGAGAUCUUGGGAGGAAGAUGGCAAUUAGAGCAAGAGAAACUCUGCUUCCCGCUGAAUGGUGGUCUACAUAUGGUGGUGCCUGUCCAAAUUUGGCCCGUUUGGCCCUUCGUAUUCUCAGUCAAACUUGUAGUUCAAUUGGGUGCAAGCACAAUCAUAUUCCUUUUGAAAAGGUACAUGCCACCAAAAACUGCCUAGAGCGUCAAAGGCUGAGUGAUCUUAUCUUUGUACAGUACAAUUUGCGUCUCAAGGAAAAGGUUGAUGAAAACAAAAACCAGCUUCCUUUGGACCCUAUAUCAUUUGACAAUAUUAGUCUCGUUGAAGACUGGAUCAUGCAAAGUGAGCUUUAUUUAGAAGACAAUGACAACAGAGAUUGGAUGUCUCUAGUUCCCCCUCCUUCUGCUAACACAGGAUCGCCUGUUGAUGUUGUUGAAGACUGGGGUGCUGGGUUUGAUGAUUUCGAGAUUUUUGAUGGACUGAAGGAAUUUAAGUAAAAAGGAAAAUGAAAAUUGAUGUAAUAACCAAAGCAUCAUCGGUGUUCCUGGAGAACUCUUGCUUCGCUAUAAACUGCAGAAAGGUAUUGUAGUAAAUGUUUAUGUUUGAAGCUAUUGUACAGCUCUGACCAAGUAUGAUGCUCUGUUGUUUAUGCUCCUAUAUCAACUUAGAAAAUAUUAUAGUUUUAAGUUAAAUAUUGUUGCUUUAGUUGAUUAGAACCUAUGAAUUAGUCUCGCUUGAAGUUUGAAGGGUUCAUCUAACUAUCAUGUGGAUACUAGUGUUUAAGAUUGUGAAUUCAGACAACCUGGUUAAGUACUCCUGCAGUUUAUCCUUUUCCUCUA